AUGGAAACGAUUUGCUUUGUUUACAUCUUUUUUGCCUCUUUUUCCUUCUUUUCUUUCUCUAUCCUUUUCUUCUGUUUUUAUUCAUUCGUCUUUCCUUUAUUUUUUUUUAUUUUCUUUCUCUUUUUCUUUUCUCUUCUUUUUUUACAAUUCAGUUUUUUCUUUUUUUUCUUUUCCUUCUUGUUAUUUUUUUUUCCUCUUUUCAUUUUUAUUUCUUUUCUUCAAUUUUUCUUUCUUUGCCUUUUUUCUUUUUUCUUUUUCUUUCUUUUCUUUCUUCAUAUCUAUUUUCUUUCUUCGUCUUUAUUUUUCUUUUUCUACCGUUUACUAUUCUUUUCUAUUUUGUUUUCGUUUUCUUUCUUUAAUUUUUCUUCCUUUGUUUUUUCUUCCUUCAUUUCUUUUAUUCUCUUUGUCCUAAAUCGUCUUUUUUAUCCAUUUUUUCUUUUUCUUUUUUGGUUUUUUUUUUCUUUGCGUGUUCUUUCUUGUUCUUUUCGUUUCUUUUUUAUUUUGUCUUUUUUCUUUUCUUUCUUUCCCUAUCCUUUCCCUUUCUGUUUCUUCCUUUUUUCUUGUGUUCUUUCAAUAUUUUUUUCUUUUUUCAUGAUUUAUAUCAUCUUUUCUUUUUUACAAUUAAUCUUCAUUCUUUCUUUCUUUUUUAUUCGUCUUCAUAUAUUUUUCUUUUCCGUUCUGUGUAUGUUUCGUCAUAUUCCUCUCUUCUUUUUCCGUUUUUCUUUGUACGCCAUAAACGCCCUUUCUUGUUACCAUUACGCUAAACCUAAAAUGUCUUUUAUGCAGGUGUGCACUUUUUAA